AAUCUGCGAUGGCACUAUAGCCAAAUAUCUUUCUGAAGACAUACUCUGACUGUGUGCCAAUUCACCCCCAUGCUUGUAUCAUUGAUGACAUCCCCAGAUAUUUCCCCUAUCUACCCCUCUACUGACUGCUCCAUACACUGACGAAGAACGGAAACGACUCUAGAGCAUUCAAAGAUAAGCUGCUAGAAGGUGCUUCAACAAUUUCACCAGAAACUCCAGUGUUGCUGCCAUGAUAUGAGCUUGGAUGGCCACUCCUUGAGUCCCGAAGACUGGCGACACGUCUCAUCAUGCUCGACAAAAUUGUUCACGGGUUGGCUGACAUUGAAGCUGGGCACUGUCUUACCUCACUAACAAGAACACACAGGAGGUCUCACCAAUUCUCAUACCACCGACUUCAAGCCAAAAGCAAGAUCUACAGCACCAUGCAGCUUUUAUCCAUCCACCACCCCACACUGGAAUAACCUGCGUCCCACGUCAUCAGUGCUAAAAGUUUGGAUACAUUCAAAAAUGCCCUCACUGAUCUCUCGUGCAACAUCAACCUCCUACCUUAGCCCCUCUAGCCCCGCUAGCGGGAUGCGGCUGUAGCCGUUUUGCUGGAGGAAAUCUAAACAGACACAGAUACACUAUUGAGCACAUAAACAUCUUCGACGUUACGCUGCACAGAUGAAUUCUUACUUGGUAUUAUUAGCUGCGCUGAUGCUGCUGAUGUCCCUUACGAGACCCUCAGUCACAGAGACAUCUGCAGCAUCUGUACUCGUCUCACCCAAGGGGGUCUGUGCAUCACCGGGAGAUUUUUACCAACUGAAAUGGAUAGCCAAGAACGCAGACCCGGCCGAAACCCUCCAGGUGCACUGCCGACGACUCGAUGGGUCGCUGAUCGAGCACGAACAUGAUGAGCGAUACACGAUUGACGAAAGCAAGUGCUGUGACAAUCGCACGCGGAAGUACACGUGCGCCCUGGGGACAACGCUAACGGUACUUCACCUCACUGACCAUGAGGAUUCUGGGUCAUGUGACUGUGACGUGGUGAAGGUUGGAGUGCCGGUAGGCGUGCAUGAUGAGACACCUGGAGACUCUACAGCCAAUGUCUGGGUCAGAAACGACACAGUUUUCUCCCUAUCGGAGGACGACAUCACGAUAACUCCAGGCCAGGGCGAGUUGACUGUAUCGUUUGAAAUCAAAUGUGACUUCGAUGGUACUUUCGAGGUCAUCCGCGAAAACGGAGACGGCACGCCAUUGAAGCACAUCGGGGAUUGGGAUAACACCAACCCUCGCCAAGCGCCUUACAUCAGGCUGAACUCGGGGCAGAUCCCGGUGCUUUGCUUCCCGGCCCCGGGCUGCGGCGACCAGGGGCUUUACCGCGUCACCUACCGGGCUAGUAGAUUCUACAAACCGGUCGAGACGACACGGUAUCUGCAAGUACGCGUCGACGAUACAUCUUGCCCUGGCCCUGGAGAGAUCGUCGACACUCUAGACACUACUCUCAGUUCUGCAGGCACAACUCUCAGUUCUGCAGGCGAAAGCAACCAGGUCGGACAGCACUGUCCCAAAUGUGAUGCUGCCAAGUCCGACCAGGUGUACCAGGUGGCAAUUGGAGUACUAGGCGGAGUGCUGCUGCUGGUGGUGAUAGCGGCGUGUGGAUAUCUGUUUUACCGGAAGCGUCAACUGACAGCGCGAAAACGUGGACUGGAAAAUAGGUCCGUCACGGUGCCCCUGAACGAUUCGAAUUCGGCAGGCGAGACUAGCCAGCCUUGACAUGGUGGUUCCGCGGGCUCACUGACCGCCUCGCCCUGCAGGACACCUGAACUGGUCCGGCCGCACAGGACUGACCAUUUUACGAGAGGAGACAGUUUUUGGUAUAAUUACUUAAAACGUUCAACUUACCUGUAGACUUUUGUGUGAUUAACAACAACAACUUCGAGUUUCGUGUCCACGCAAAUAUUAUUUGCUAGUCGAUAAUGCCAAUCAAUUCUGGGCUUGUGUCAGCAGAUUUUGACAAUUACCUAGUCAUAAUACCGGCCUCGAGAUGUUUUAAAAUAUUUUCUCGGACAAUCAAUGCUUUGAUCAACUUGUAUAAAACGGAAGUAUAGGGUGUGCAUGAUUUUAGACCAUGUCUCAAUGGUUCAGGAUCCAAAACAGAAGGAUUGAAAAUAUUCGCUAAAAACGUUACUCCGGACAUUCGUUGAUGAUAAAAAAAAACCCAUACAAACAAACAAACAGCAGCCCAACAACCCAACAAUCGACUGGCCCAUGACUUUUUUUUAUUGAUUGGCUAUUGGUGUGCUUUAAAUUACAUAAGGCCAAGGCCAAGUAAAAGAAAAUACCAGUUGAUCGUCCCCGCCCGCUCUCUUUUUGAGAAUGCAUCAUUUUCUUUAAUUUCAGGCAUAAACUUUUGAAUAAAGAUGUUUCAGAAGGUCAAAUGCGUCUAAUACCUUUCCUAAUGUUCAGUAAGCACUUUCAGAUGGUUUUGUGGUCAUCAACUAGUGGACAACUAUCCAGAACUAUCAAAGAAAAGAGCCUCCUUCUUUUUGAGGAACAUAUCGUAUAAGCUAAAACCUACUUUUCAAAAAAAAUGUAAAUAAAAGGCCCUCAUCCGGCCUCUUUUUGAAGAAAAAAAACCCGGACGAUCAACUGAUUGACUUGGCCUAAUGUUCAAACGCAACAAGCAUGACUUUAUUUUAAGGUCACGAUUCUUUUAAGCUGUAUAUAUUUUUUAACCCCAGUAUUAAUCUUGUCAGCCAUGCACAUGGUAUUCAGUGCGAGAAAUUUAGAACACGUGAUUUUAAGCCCUAUGCAAACCCAACGACAGAUGGCGCUAUCAACACAGUACGAGGCCUGCACUGCGUCCAAAAAUUAAAAAGCUCGUGCUCUUCCAAAAAUAGAGUUUUUUGGUUUUCUCCUGACGAAUGUUUAAUUUGUUUGUUUUGUUUUAACGAAAAAAAAUACUUUAGUGCAAAUUUGGGCGUUUGCAACCCUUGGCUAAAAAGUAACUUCAUUCUGCGCACAAAAUUAGCCUGCCCUUCAAGAGCCAAUAGUGUAAUUCGAUUUUUUUUUGUGAAGAAAUAAUUCAAUAAUUAGAUUACGUCAGUGGAUUGUUUUCGUUCCAUGUCUCAUAAAGUGAAUAACUUUUAUAUUGCUAGGAAAAUAGCAAUUGAACAAAACAAGGUGAAACGAGGUGAAACUCGCAAAUAGCACGAUGAAUGCAAGACUUUAAGAAGUUGUCUUCGAUACUAAGUGCGAACGAUAUAUAGAUGCAUGGUAGACUAUUCCGUUUGAACACACCCAUACUUUUAAGUGUAAGCACUAUUACGUAGAUUAUAAUCUUCGUGUACAUAUGUACUGAUAAUCACUAACAAUUAAUGCAUUAUAUUUGCUCCAAAGUAUACAACUAACUUUGUGCAAGAAUCGACAGCGGGAUCCGGGGGGGG